AUGACGAUUUCGGAGGAGGCCGAGGGAAACGCCAAGGCCAAGGGCAAGGGGACGGGCAAGCGGAAGGUGCCCAGGGCGGCGGCCGAGGCGUUCCCCAAGAAGAGCCCGCGGAUCGGAACGGAGUUCCAGUCCAUGGACCUGUUUACGGCCCAACUCUUGACGGAGUUCCGGGCGGACAUCCCGGAGGACGAGUCCGUGUAA